AUGUUUUCCUACUCUGAUGAAAUGGAUCCAUCCCUGGAGCGUAAGCCAUUUUUAGUCAUUGGUCCAGGCUGUGUAUUAUAUAAUUGGUUGGAUGAACUGGACACUUGGGGUCAUUUCUCUGUUGGUAAAUUCCAUGGAAGUGAUAAGCAGCAAUGUCUGAAAGAUUUAAGUCGAGAAAAACUUGAAAUUGUCGUAACAACAUUUGAGACAUUUCGUGAUAACAAGGAAUAUUUAAAUAAAGUGAACUGGGCCGCUGUGAUUGUUGAUGAAGUUCACAGGAUUAAAAGUCUAAAAGCUCAAACUACCCAAGCUCUGAGGAGCAUUGUGUGCAAACGACGGUAUGGCUUAACAGGAACUGCUCUUCAGAAUAACAUGAUGGAAUUAUGGUGUAUUUUAGAUUGGGCCUGUCCAGGAUAUCUUGGUUCUGCAACAGAAUUCGAAGAAAAGUAUGUCCUGCCCAUUGAGCAAGGACAAAAACACAAUGCAACUAAACGCCAACUUGCAAAUGCUAGGAAAUGUAAACAGAUGUUUUCAGUGAUUAGAAACAAAAUCAUGAUUCGUCGGACCAAGAACUUGAUUUCUGAUCAACUUCCCAAAAAAGAUGACAAUGUGGUUUUCUGCAAAUUAACCAAUUUUCAAGUGAGUAUAUACCAAACGAUUCUUCAAGACCCUGACCUUCAAGAUGCCAUCAAUGCUGGGAACCCUUGUUUUUGUGGUAGUCGCAAAAGCCAGGGAAAAUGUUGUCGGAAAAAAAGUUCCACUGGCAAGCCCCUUAAAUCUGUGAUGUUCCAGUACCUGCAUCUCCUACUGAAAGUGUCCAACCAUGUUGCCUUGCUGGCUCCUGAUAGCAAAGCUAGUUCUGCCCAGAAUCAGGCAGCUGUGGAUAUCUGCAAUAAAGUUUUUGAGAAACACCCACACUUCUUGCAGCUGACGCAGAAAGCUGCAUUUAGCACUCUCUCUGAUCCAAAAUACUGUUGUAAAAUGAAGGUUUUAGUGGAAUUAUUGACCGUCUUUCAUCAGAACCAUUCCAAAGUGCUACUUUUCUCAUAUUCUACAAGGUUGUUGGACAUUUUAGAAACUUAUAUGCUGAGCACAUUGUACCAAUACCGACGAAUUGAUGGGAAAACAAGUCCAAGACAGCGUAUGAAGAUUGUCCGUGAAUUUAACAAGUACCCCCAAAUUUUUGUAUGUCUCAUAUCGACAAAAGCAGGCGGACUUGGUUUGAACAUGACUGGAGCCAAUGUCGUCAUCAUCUUUGAUCCAAACUGGAAUCCUAGCCAUGAUCUCCAAGCACAAGACAGAGCUUACAGAAUUGGUCAGCAGCGUCAUGUCCAAGUUUUUCGUCUGAUUUCUGCAGGUUCCAUUGAAGAAAAUAUAUAUUUGCGUCAGGUCUACAAGCAGCAAUUAGACAAGAUUGCUGUAAAUACAGAGAAUGCUAAGCGUUAUUUUAACGGCAUUCAAGGAGACAGACAACAGAAAGGUGAAUUGUUUGGCAUGAAAAAUAUGUUUCAAUUAAGAACAGGUGAUAACUGCUUAUCAAAGGAUAUAUUGGAGCGUAAUCAGCAAAUUGAGAAGCAGUUGGCAGGACACCAAGUGACCAAGUAUGUUCCUUCAUCUUGGGAGGAGGUGGCGGAGAAUAAUGAUGAGGAGGAUGAUUAUAAUGAUUACCAUAGCAAUGAUUCAGAUGAUCAAGAAAAUUCAGAAGAAUCUAAUGAAGAAUCAUCUGAGGAUGAAGAUCCUUAUGCUGAUUGGUUUAGCAGUUUAAGAGAUGAAAUACAGGAAACUUUGGGAACAUCUGAUGAAGACGCCAAUAACACAGAUUCUAAAGAAAAAGAAAGGAAUCAUCCUCAAAGAAAAUCUAACAAAGGAACCAGAAAGAAACUCUCUCCAAAUUCAAAAGAUAAUUCCAAAAGUCAUUCCAAAAAUGAUCCAAAUAUUGAUGCCCUUCACCCGACGACAACAUCACAUCAAUCAGUACCUUCAUUCACGGAUGUGUUUGACCGAUGUGGAGUAGUUCAUGUUCAUGAGAAUCGCAAAGUGACUGGAGGCAGCCGAGCUGAAGAUCACAUGACGAAGUGUGCUCUACAGGAGGUACUGCAAGAGAACAAGAACUCCCAGCAGUUAGCAAUUGAGUGUGAACCUUACCAACAGUCUGAUAGUGAAGAAGAAGAAGAGAAGAAACCAAGAAAGAGGAAAUCUAAAACACUUAUUGACCAUAACACUCCACAAAUGAUGACCCUUAAUCAUUAUCAGGUUCUCUACGGUAAAACACCAGAAGCCAUGUUAAGAAAACAUUUGAUGAGAAUGGCUAAUUUCUUGGGGUUUAGCUCACUCCAAACACUCUGCCAGAAAGUUAUCAGUGUAUCAGCUGAAGAAAGACUUCAAAUGUUACAACAGUUUUAUAUCAGUGCUCAUGGCCACUGGUUGAAACCCUUGUUCCAGUCCCUUCCAAAACCAACAGCUGGAAAAUCUAUCAUUACAUAUUCCGAUGAUAAGGCAGUCUCUACUAAAAGACAAAAGGUUACAUGGAAGGUCAAACCAAAAAUAACAAAACCCUUACCAGUUUUGGAUUCUGAGAUGGAAUUAGAAAUUGGAAAAAGCUGGAAGAAAUCCCAACAUCAGACACCACAGACCCGAACCCGUACAAAGCGGACAGUCCAGAUUAAGUCAGAUUCCAUCUCCUCCAAGAAAAAACCAUCAAAAGUUAAUUUCUCGAUUCAAGAAUUUCAUCCAACCAGCAGAUUGCAUGUUGGCAGUGAUUCUCAUAAUCAAGACCAGGAAAUUACCACCAAUAUUGAUAGACUUUUAGACGAGAUGGCAUUAAAUGCACCAAGUGAUGUACCCCAUAACAACUUGAGCUGCAGCAGUGAAGGCAAAUCCAAUGUGUUCUCUGAAGUGGAUCAUAUCUUUCUUGGGUCUGGAUCCAGGGAAGGAGAAGUGCGGAAACCUCCUCCAAAAAAACGGACAAGAGCUACAAAUCUCAGUACUGAAAGAACAUCUCCGGAGUCCUCAAGAAAGCUCAUGCCAGAUGCUGCAGAGAAAGUUUCCAGCAUUUACAAUUCUGUGGAUUUUUUGGAUGAUCUGUUAAAGAACUCCACUUUGAAAGAAUCUGUUGACAAUAAUACCAUUUGGAAGAAGCACCCUUCUUCGUCUAAAUGGAAAGCACGACAAAAAUUCAGCGACCAUGUUAGCCAAAUUCUGGAGAAAGAUGAGAAGGAAUACAUGUCCUUGUUUGCUUCUGGGAAGAUGAUUCGUGUUAAUCGGUCUUUGGUUAAGGAAGGAGAAAAUGAAGCUGAGGAAACACCGAGUUUAUUUUGA